GUAAUAAAUAAAUUGGUAUACUAGUAUUGGUAUUGGUAUUGGUAUAAAUUGGUAAACUCUAAAACCCAUCUUCUAGUCAUCAUGCUUGAUAUAUCCUCAAGUAACUAACGUUGGGAUUUCCAUCACCCCGAAUAAUCACGUCAAUACUACGUGUAUAAUAAAGAUGCAUGACACGCGAUUUACUCUUCAGUCGUCCUAUGAUUCAUUCGGUUAUAAUAAUAAUAAUAAUGCCAAAAAAGUAGAUUUUUCUCUCACAGAAGUCUUAUCCUCACUUGAAAUUUCUAACAUCACAAGACUCUUGUGGUUUUCAUAUAGAUUUACCACCGUAUAUGUGCCUAUGUAUGCAAAUGUAAAUUGCACAAGCAUCAGCUCAUCUCCAACUUCGUGAAGACUUGAUGGACAAUUUGCGAAUGUGACAGACAAGAAGCAACAAAAAAACUGUGACAGAGUUGAAAAGAACUGGACUUGGUGGAUUUGCGUAAACAUUCUGCUUUUUUGGCAACCAACAAGUCUAGCAGCGUGGCGUGUACUAGGAUAGGACAAGAAAACUCGCAUCAGUCAAUGUGAAAUGAAAACUGAACAAGGUGUGUCAAACUUGUAGUUAAAUAUAAUAAAGCAUAAUCCAACACAAUCCUAAUUACGCCGGAUGUGACAACCAAUGCGGUUUUGGUUUUUGAUUACUAGAGUGAACAACUUAUUACUUAGAUUAUUUCAUACACAUUGCAAAUACAUACAGUACCACAAGAAAAUGGAGUCUUCAGGAGCGUGUAUUUUUACAAGUGCAGUUUUAAUAUUAUUAAUUACAAGCAUUGGCGCUUCACCUAUUGCAAAUUCUAACGAGUAUCGAAUUCGUUCAAGUCUGAGUGACGCAUUGUCGAGUGAAGAUUAUCAAAAUGAUGCACUAAUAUUUGACCCGAGAGAUUUCAAUGGUCCUCGCCUCAGUCGAGCCAGCAGGUAUCCCUUGUGGCACAGGGUUAAACAUAGUGAAAAGGAUGCUGGAAAUUUUGACAAAGAGGAAUCCACUGAUGCAAUUGCAUUUCAACCAACCACUGGGCUACAGGGUCGUCCUAGAUCGUACAACCGCCGCCCCUCAGCGUCAAAACUCCCAAAUCAACUUAGAUUCCAGAAUCCCAUCGACUUGUGGAGAAAUGUAGAUCAACCGAAUGCAGAUGGCAAGUCGGACGAGAUUUCAAAUACGAACCAAGAGGGGUAUCGACUAGACGAUGCUCUUGUUCUCGAGUCCGUUCCAGUUCCUGACGACCUUAUUCUGAGCGACCAUAAUGACCAGAACAUUGACGAAGAUGAUUUGUUGAACCAGUUUUUUUCUCACGUGAAGACAACCACAGUCUCGCCCAAGUACUCGACAGAGCUGCAUGGGAAAAAAUCAAAGGAAAAACAUGGAAAAUUGCAGAAAAUCAAAAUCUCGAAAGAUAUUAAUCGAAACAAUGUUUUACAUUCUGACAUUAGUAACGACGAUGAUGAGUCGGAAGUUGCUUUUCUAACGUUUGAUUCAGUGAUUCAAAGGAGACAGUGCGCUUCUAGUUAUGACGUCAAAGAUGGAAAGUGUAAACCACGAGCAAAAAUAAAUUAGUUAGUUCAUUUAGUGAUGAUGUAACCAAAUUGCGUAUGUGAGUAUAUGAAGGUAUAAUCAACAAUACUCCAUUGCCGAAUAGUAUUAUUGUAAAUAUUGUAUAUACUUAUAUUUCUUAGCAGAUUGCAUUUAUUGUAAAAUUAUUACACGAAAUCAAUAAAGUUCAAUGCAACUAUGUAAAUACGUACAUGCUUAUGUACUUAAAGAAA